UCUGGAACUCUGGGAAUCUGACUGAAUGCCAGGAGAAGACUCCAUUUCCUGUUCCAUAUCGUUCCCCAUUUGGCUCUCAGCAUCUCGUCGAUUCACACAAGGAUAAGCCUUUCUUCUCCUAACAGCGAAAGCUGCCACUUUUCCACUCCUCCCGCUCUUCCCAACCUCCUUCGUCUAGUCAUGGAGACCUUCUGCCUCGCUCGACCAGCCCUUGUGGUGGCUCCCCGCACCGUCCGCACCAUCCGCACCCUCCCGGUGCGGUCACAGGCGAGAGUAGUCUGCGCCAUUAAGUUCCCCGGAUUCGGCUUCAAUGGCAAGAACGAGAGUGAAGACAACGAAACCUACGCCGGAGCCGACUCUGCCACGACUGUGUUCCCAGCGGAGGCGUGCGACGAGCUGGGAGGCGAGUUCUGCAACGCCGAGGGCGUGUUCGCCGAGGUGAAGCUGGAGUCGAAACCCGAGCCCGUCAAGCAAGUCGUCGGGAAAGACGUCGGCACCGUGGACUACGACGGCCCUAAGACCGUCUUCCCCGGCGAGGCAUGCGACGAGCUAGGAGGAGAGUUCUGCGAGCCGGAUUACCAGGAGGGCGUGGGUCCCGAGAAGAAGCUCUGAACGCGAAAUAAUCCGUUCACUGGUUUGUACACGAAGCAUUAUUUAUCAAUCAUUUUCAUGUUUAACGGCGUUUUUCUUUGUGCUAGGAGGCCUUAGUGAGAUUGUAAGUACCUGUGGUCAUAUGGAGCUGUUAUUUCCAAC